AUGGAGAGUGGCGGCGAUGACGUGAAUCUGCUGCGCAUCCACCUCUCUAGCGCCGUCACGCUCGUGUCGACUGUGCUGAGGUCUUCGACCGCUUCGCACCGGGCAGCUUUCGCGACCCCCAUGUCAACGCCCUGUAGGCACCGCCGCCUGCGGCAAGCCGUCACUGCGGGCAAGGCUCCUCAUGCGGGCCCCACCGCCACCGGCGCAGGCACAGCCGCUGCCAUCACGGUGGCCAGCCCCCACAACUCCAUCCCCGACACCACUCUUGUCACCGGCAAGGCCACCGCCACUGAACCGCCUUGCCGGCUACUGCUGAAUCCUUCCCCUCCUUCUUCCCCUCCACAUAAUCCCCCUCCACCUUCGCUCCCCUCUCCUUCCCCUCCUCCCUCUUCUCCUCCCCCUCCCUCACCUCCUCCAUCUCCCCCUCCACCUUCCCCCCCUCCUCCCUCCCCUCUUCCACCUCCCUCCCCUCGUCCUCCACCUCCCUCCCCUCCUCCACCUCCCUCCCCUCCUCCUCCACCCCCCUCCCCUCCUCCACCUACCUCCCCUCCACCACCUCCCUCCCCUCCUCCUCCACCUCUCUCCCCUCCUCCUCCACCUUCCUCCCCUCCCCCUUCCCUGCCCCCUUCCCCGCCCCCAUCUCCACCCCCAUCUCAGCCCCGAUCUCCGCCCCCAUCUCCGCCCCCUUCCCCACGACCCGCUCCGCGCAUCACCCCCACGGUCACUGUGGUACGGGAUGGUUCCAGGAACUUCCUCACGGUGCAGGUGUGUGUGAGAGAGAAUGUGCGAGUGCGUGCUCAUGCUCAUAGGAGAAGAGAAUAUACUGUAUGUGCUGGCCUCGCCCCCACAUUUGUUUCUAAGUGCGCCUUGUGUGCACUCCCCUGGGGCGAGCAGGAGGCGAUCAGGGCAUACCCAGUGGGGUUUAGCGGGCGCUACGUGGUGUUCAUCCAGUCGGGCUUUUAUCAUGAAAAGGUGGCCAUCAACUCCACGUGCAAGAACGUCACGCUGCUCGGCCUGGCUACUGCAUCCACCGUUAUCUCCUGGAACGACAACGCUGCUGCCGGCACCGGCACCUUCUAG